AUGGAUGAUGGAGGGUCUACAACAAACCUAUUAAGUCCAAACAAAGGAAUGGGGGUUGAAACAGGUGUUGGGAUUGAUAAUUCGUCAUCACAAUUAGUACAUGGUAUGGAUCACACAACCACUCCAAAUGAAGAAACAACUAGUCAAAUCCCUAAUGAAAAUGAAAGUGUGAGAGAAAAAAAUAACGAAACCGAUGAAGAUGAAGUACAAUUAACGAGAAAACAGAAAAAAAGAUCAAAAGUAUGGGACGACUUUGUUGUAGUUACACUCCGGGAUGGUAAGAAAAAAGUCGAAUGCAAACAUUGUAAGUCAAGGUUGGCUAUUACUGGUUCAGAUUUGGAGAGACCAGAAAAGUCAGAGCUUGAUAUGUAUUUAGAAGAAGGUGUUUAUAGGGAGAAAGGACAAACAGGAAUGGAAUCAUUUAAUGCUUUAGAGUGGUGGAAUGUGCACAAGUUAAAGUACCGUGUUUUAUCAUUGAUGGCUAGAGAUGUACUUGCAAUCCCAAUUUCUACGAUUGCAUCUGAAGCAACUUUUAGUGUCGGCGGUAGAGUUAUUGAUCCAUAUCGAGCUUCAUUGGGGUCCGACACGGUACAAAUGUUGAUUUGCGGAGGAGAUUGGAUUAGGCAAGUUCAUGGAGUUAAGAAAAUAUUAAAGAAGGAGGAGUUUCCUAUUGAGGUUUUACUACCUGAGUGGGGUUGGGACGGAGAUGGAUAUGAGGAUCGGAGGUUCGGUUUGAGGACAGAUAUUGCAUUCUCAACUAGUAUUCGUCAUCAUAAUAAUCGGAGCAAUUGUAAGAUGGGGAAGAUUCCGGUGAAGAUCAAGUCGGUUGUGUACGGCCUGUCACCGUUCCAGCAGAAGGUGAUGCCUGGUCUUUGGAAGGACUUCACCGGUAAGGUUACUCACAAGGUCACCGAUAACUGGCUCAACACCAUCCUCCUCGUCGGCCCUGUCGUCGGCGUUUACACGUAUGUUCAGAGUUACCAGGAAAGAGAGAAAAUGCACCAUAGGUACUAAACACAUUCUACAAUGGUGUCAUCAUUCUUGAAAACGAGAAAGAGAGAGAGAUUAAUGCCUCUUUCCAUUAAAUAAACGAACAUAAUUUCUAUUGGGGAUUAAUAAGCUUUUUUUUUUUUUUUUAAAUUGUGAUGAAUGGAGUCGUAUUAAGCUCCUAAACAACAUCUUUUGUUACUAUUCAAUUUGUUUUCUCUAUUCCUAAUUGUCAUAAUUGAAAAAGAUUCCUUUUGCAACAUGACCAAGUGUUUAUGACUAUAUAUAUACAAUCCUAGGGGCUGUUUGUUAAAUUGCAAUGAAUGUUGAACUGAAUGGUUCCAAUCCCUUAAUGGUUAAGAGAAGGUAAUUUUGCUUAAUUG